AUAUCAGCUUAUUCGCUCUGAGCUCUCACCGAGUGCAAACCCCAACAGAGCAGAAACAAGAGUGGACACGUGCAAACAGGAGAAGUGACUGGAUUUGCCCAAGACAAACUGAGGAGCUUAAAAGCUCUGUGCCGUCUUCAACUGAAGUUGUCGAGUGGCCUGGCUGAGAGGAACGCCCCAACUGACCUGAGUGCAGCCGGACAAGUUGAGGUGGAUGAGAUUGCGGCAGCCCUUCCCUGUGGUCAGCUUGAGGACUUUUAUUACAAACUCCUGCUUUGGCUCCAGUUAGAGACGACCCCCUGCAAGGUUCAGGAUGCGUGUGAUUCCCUCUCUCCUCUUAUUCUGCCUGCUCCUCCUGCUGCUCCCAUCCAUCGAGAUGAAAAAAAAGGGAAAGGGCAGAGGCCUCAAAGGAGCAAGACACAAACUCACACGGGACAGGGUCAGGGUACGAGGUGCUCGCCGUCACAACAGGUCAGGCCCCUCUGGUCUCAUAUCAAUUAACUGCUUAGAGUCGGCAGAAUUUGGAGAGGUCUUUGUAGACUGCCAAGACCAACAUCUCUCGUCUAUUCCCACCUCAAACACCUGGUCUAAAAAUCCCAAGCACCUCCUUCUAGCCCGCAACCAAAUCAAAGUCCUUCAUGAUGGAGCCUUCCUCGGAUAUGAGAGUUUAAAUAGUCUGGACCUGCAGCAGAACCAGAUCUCUCUCGUGGAGGAAGGGGCUUUCCAGGGCCUGACACAACUUACAACCCUGCUGCUUCAGCACAACCGCCUCCAAACACUUAGCGAGGAGGCCCUAAUCCCCAUACCAAACCUUCACUACUUGCGUUUAUAUGAUAAUCCCUGGAACUGUCUCUGCCCAAUGGAUAGUCUUGUACGUACUCUUCAGGUCCCAAGCAAUCGUAAUCUGGGAAAUUAUGCCAGGUGUGCAGAGCCCAUCAGGUUAAAAAACAUGAAGUUGAAACACAUGGAUCCCGAGUUACUCUGCAAAGAAUCAGACCCAGCAAGCGACCAACAGAAUCCCAAAGACCUUAUGGAGCCCAGUCCAAUUCGAAUCAAACCAGAUGCUACAACAGUCUGCUUUACCUACUUUUACCCCCAAAUACGGAUGGACUGCAGUAACCAAGGUUUAACUGAGGUGCCCACAGGUAUUCCAGACAAUGUUGCCCACGUUGAUCUGUCACAUAAUUCAAUCAGUCACCUCAAAACCAGAGACUUUCAUGCUGCAAGGAGCCUGAGAACACUUAACCUCAGCAAUAACAAAAUGGAGGACCUUGACACAGGCUCCCUGACUGGGCUCUUGCAUCUCCGGGAACUGGACUUGUCAAACAACAACCUGCAUUUUGUCCAGCACGGGGUUCUUGAAGACCUCUACUUCCUGUCACAUUUAAAACUGGGAGGAAACCCCUGGGUGUGUGACUACAGUAUCCAAUACAUGGUGUACUGGCUAAGUCUGCACCCGAGAGUGAGUCACUCAGGACUGGUGUGUCACUCUCCUCCCGAACAUGCUGGGGAGAGAGUGGAGGAGUACGUGCAUUCCUACAACAGAGAGUGUCCAAAGGACAGACAGCAGAGCAGACCAGAUCAAGACCAGACAGACCCCGCGCUCUGGAACACACCGAUGGAAGUACAGGGAGAGCUGGAGGAGGAGGAGCUGGAGCCGAGCGCCUUGAGAAUGCCAGAGAAAUAUCAAAUCUUCAGACUGUCCUGACUCAAGUGAAAAUAUGAACUACAAUUUGACAAUUUAAAGGAUGUUUGUUUUGUCCUCAUUAACCUCUUUUUAGUUUUGUAAAAAAACAAAAACAACAACAA